AUGGGACAGCUCUUUACGUUUGUGGCACCUCGCCAAAGGCUCACUUUGAGCUGGGGAGGCAAACUUGGAGAGAUGGUUUUUGAUGGCUCUGCCAAAGAGCUUAUCGAAUUACUGACCGUCAUCCCUCGACACGAGUUUACACGAAAGCAAACAACUGUCGACCCUCGAGUCACCGUAAAUAACCUCCCUGCCAAGAGUACCUGCCAUGAUGCGACGAAAGCCGUCAAUAUUGCCGUCAAUGUCGCUGUCAAACGCAAAGCUGACGCUGAAACACCGGAAAACGACACUCAAGCCUCCAAAAAGGCUUGUUACGGAAAUAACCCUCUCAAAUCUCGACCAGUCACCUUUUCUGACCUUCCAACUGAGCUCCAUCGGCAUAUUUUCUUCCAUAUGGAGUCCAAGAGGUACUUAUUUACAUCCGGGACCGUCAAGCUCCUUGGGCUGGUCAAAAUAUCGUCUGUGUUGGAGAAUACAUCAAAGAAAACGACUACCCCCCCCGGGCUUUUCUCGAAGGCAGAGGUGGAAGCCCUCGGCAAAGAAAAAUUUGAAAUUUAUGAUGAAGGUGAAGAAGAAUACGAAGUCAGAUCACUUUGCACGCUUUAUGACUUCACGUUACCUGACGUAUCUCGUUCUCCAAAAGACUGCGAUUUAGGCGAUGAGGUACGAGAUUUAAGGUGUUAUUUCUUACACUUACGGGAACCCGAGAAGGCUGCUUUGAAUUAUAUACUAGAAAAACUACCCGAUUGGCUGCGGCAGUAUCGAGCAUGGCCCAAAACUGAUCAAUCGUGGAUUCUGCGAAACCUUACCACGCGGGAGUUUGUCCGUGCAGAAGCCAUCGCCUUGAAGCCGGAAUUCAUCCACGGCCCGGACAUAGACGUGCUGGGAUUCGGCGAAGUACUCCUGUCGCGAAUUUGCUGGUCAUCGGAUGACUCUUGUAGCAUGAUGGAUACCACGAAUAUCUGCAGAGGAGUAUGGGCAGGUCAUUGUUUCGACAUUACAACCCUCGCCAGCCAUCAGGAAAAAACUGCCAAUGGAGAAGAGUGGACCGAUGCGAGCGAGGAGGUUGCCCAGGAGAUGGCUAAGAUAUAUGAAUCUAAUUGUGGAACCGACUGGCGUGAGGAGCUGUGCAGAGAGCACAGAAGGGUGUGGUAG